AUGGUUUGGAGAAUCGGUGAUGGCCAAUCCGUGCGGGUAAAGGAAAAUAAAUGGCUGCCAAAAGGAGAUAGUAAUUCCAUCAUUUCACCCCUUACUACUAUUCUGCCUGAGAUAAGGGUUAGUUCCUUCAUUGAAGCUGACCGGAGAGAGUGGAAAACAAAGGUGAUUCAAGAGCUGUUUCUGCCUAGUGAGGCGUCGGUGAUUAUGGGAAUUCCAUUGAGCUUAAGGAAUACAAAGGACUGGGUUAUAUGGGCCUACACACCUUCAAGAGUUUACUCCACAAGUAGCGCAUACAAGCUGCUAACUGAUAGAAAUGUGCAAGGCAGCUCUAACCAUGAGCAACAAAUACGUUUUUGGAAGGGAAUAUGGGAGCUUCGAGUUCCUCAUAAAAUCAAGCACUUUUUUUGGAGGGCCUGUCACAAUGCUCUUCCAACAAAGUGUAAUCUAGUUCGACGGAACAUAGUCAAUUCGAAGGUAACAGAUGAUUUCAAGAAGGAAAUCUUUGCAGUAGCUGCUUGGUGUCUAUGGAACCGGCAAAAUGCCCUUCACUUUGGGCGUCAAUUGCAGCCUAUUACAAACAUUAACCUGUUGGCUAGUAACCUGCUACAAGAGUUCUUGGCAGCCCAGGAAGAUGAAGCUCCAACAGUUCACUCACUUGUGAUCCAACACCAGUGGAGACCUCUAAAGCAUGAUCACUUCAAAGUAAAUUUCAACACAGCUGUGUUCAAGUCGCUUAAUUUGGCCAGUAUCGGGGUAGUCAUCCGAGAUUGGUGUGGAGAUGUACUGGCAGCUCUGUCUAUGCCAACUGCUCUAGCCUCAACGGUUGCGGAUUUGGAAGCCCUUGCGUGUCGCCGUGCUGUGAUGUUUGCUGCUGAAAAGGACCUGCAAAACAUUAUCUUCGAAGGAGACUCAGUUUUAGUUAUUAAUGCUAUUGUCCAAGAAAACCCGGUUCUGACUUCAUAUGGAGAUAUUGUUGACAACAUUCGCUCGUUAGUCUCUGUUUUCCAAUCUUUUCAAUUUGUUUUUGUUCAUCAGUCUUGUAAUGUGGUUGCCGAUGCAUUAGCUAAGAAGGCCAAAUGUUUGGCCGGGUAUCGGGAAUGGUUGGGUGACUUACCUACAAACAUUUCCCAGUUAGUUGAUUUUGAUGUUCCUUGA